GGUAUGUAUUUGAACCUGAUUUGCUCCAAGGUGCACCUCUCUGCCAAUAGAAAGAAACACAUCAAUCUUAAGAAAGCAAACCAAAAAAGAAGAAAAAAAAGAUGUGUGAGCAGGCUGUAGGAGAAAAGAGUAGAAGAAGAUUUGGACCUACUUACUUCCCAUGCCUCCGUUUGAAGAUGGAGCAUCUGUGAUGAUUAUCCUGAACGUUUCCAAAGGUGCAGAUUGCAACGACCCCUGUGGCCAUGGUGAAGAUGACGAUGACGAUGACGAUGACGAUGACGAUGGCGAUGGCGAUGACGCUGACGCUGACGAUGACGAUGACGAAGACGAUGACGACAAUGAUAAUUCUGCAGCCGUUGGUGACCAUAAUGGUUCCGAGAAUCUGGUCGAUGAAUCGCUUGGCGAAGGGGAUGAUGAUGAUGAUGCUGAUGAUGAUGACGAUGAUGAUGAUGAAGAAGAAGAAAAAGAAGAAGAGGAGGAGGAGGAGGAGGAGAAUUGAGAGGGUAAUGGUACAGACAACGACACUGCUGCAACCUCAG